AUGAAUGCUGUCGGUAUAUCGCCCGAAGAAUUUGUUGCAGCAGCAAGACAUUUUAUUAAGCUGUCAGAUAAAUUUUUCGAUAGUUGGACCCUACAUCAAAACGACAACGAAAUAUUAAAUACUUAUAUUAAAAAGGAAGAAUUUGUUAGUCAUCGAGAUGAGAACGAUAAGAUUUUUUUAUACAGAGCCGAGUACGUCAUUUUUUUCAAUCUAAGCUAUGGAGUUCCUUCUUUUAGUUUCAAUGUUUGGGAUUGUUCUGGAAAAUUACUAACUUUGGAAGAAGUCCGACAAAUUUCCCUCAUGAAGAUAAGCAAAGAAGAUUUCUAUUCAGUAGUGACUCAGCAGGAACAUCCUGUGUUAUAUCGCCCAUACUUCAUAAUUCACCCUUGUCACACAGCUAGCCUUCUUGCUGCUUUUAGGCACAGGACAAAAAACCUAAUUAUAACUUUCCUGGGGAUUAUUACUCCCUUGAUUCAGUUAAAUUUGCCUUUAGAAUAUGGAUUA